GGGAAGGAGCCGCAGGAGAAGCUGGACAUCAAGCUGAACCCUGACGGGAGUGGGCAGCUCCAUGUGCCAGGCCUGACCAGUGUGGAGGUGCAGGGGCUCCGGGAGAUCCGAAAGAUGCUGUCGCUGGGGAAGAGGAACCGGGCGACCUACUGCACCAACAUGAACGAGCGCAGCUCCCGGUCCCACGCCCUGCUCACCGUCACCAUCACCGGCACCAACUGCAGCACCGGCACCAAGACCUCAGGGAAGCUGAAUCUGGUGGACCUGGCGGGUUCUGAGCGGGUCUGGAAGUCGGGGGCGCAGGGCGAGCGGCUGAAGGAAGCUCAGAACAUUAACAAGUCCUUGCUGGCCCUGGGGGAGGUGAUCCAGGCCCUCAGAGCCAAGCAGGGCCACGUGCCUUUCCGCAACUCCAAGCUCACCUACCUGCUGCAGGACUCCCUGGGCAAGGGCAACAAGACUGUAAUGAUGGUGCAGAUCUCGCUACUGGAGAAGAACGCGGGGGAGACCAUGUGUUCCCUGAAGUUCGCCCAGCGCGUCUGCAAGGUGGAGCUGGGCCCGGCUUCCCGCAGGAUCGACUCCUGGGGCCAGAGCGAGCUCUGAGCCCGCCUGGCCCCGUCCUUGUGCCCAAGAUGCAGGCAGCAACCCCACCUGUCUCCAGCCGUGGCCGAGCAAGGGGGCACCAGGGCAGGGUAGGCAGGGGCUGUCAGCUGGGAGGGAGCACUCGCAUCCAACAGCCAGCGCACCCACGGGGCGACGGGGGCGUCUGGUCCCAGACACCAGGCUGCCGGUGGAGCCCUGGCCCCCUGAGCCCAGUAGCAGGGCAGAGAAGCAGGGGAAGGGAAAGGCCUGGCCUGACCAUACCAUGCUAGGCUGGUUCCCUCUGCCCACUAGCGGGG